UCCUCCCUGCUCCCAGUUCUGUCUUGCACAUCCUGCUCCUGACUCUCCUGAUUAGCACAUAUUAAAGCUUUAGCAUCUGUUCCUGGAAUUUCCUCUUUGCCUCAGCUCUUUGUCUUUAUAAAGAUGAACGAAGCACCCAUGACCCAUUCUACCCUAAGUGUGAAUUCCCAGCAGAAGAGCAAGGCAAAGAACAAUAUUAAGAAUACAUUUCAUUCAAAUGAAUUGUCAUCCGUUGAGCAGAGACAAAAUUACCAAAAGUAUCUUAAGAAGGAUGAAAACACAGCAGAAGAUAUCAUUGGUGAAGGGAAUUGUUCAUCUCCAUGGAGGCUCCUCUCUAGUGUGCUGGGUGCCAUGUGUCUUCUCCUGAUGUCCGUAGCCUUGGCAAUGACCACUUUCAUCACAAACUUAUCUUCUGAAAGAUCAUCUUCUACUAUUCAGCAAGAAGGGCUCCAUCAUCCCUGUCCGGAGAACUGGGUCUGGUUCAGGUGCAGCUGUUAUUACUUUUCCAAGGAAGAGCUAAUGUGGAGCGAGAGUCAGCAUGCCUGCUUGUCUCGUAACUCCAGUCUCAUAAGGAUGAACAAAGAGGAGAUGAAUUUCUUUUCUUUGAAGUCUUUCUUUUGGGUUGGAGCUUACUAUAAUGAAACUCACAGACAGUGGCUGUGGGAAGACCAUUCAGUUCUACCCUCUGGGAUGUUUUCUGAUCUUCAAGCUAAUAUGAAAAACUUCUGUGUAUCUUACAAAUCAAAAGAAGCUUAUAUGGAAGAUAACUGUGAAUACAAACUGAAAUAUAUUUGUAAAAAGUAGCAUAUUUAAUUCUAUGAGUUCAUAAAAGAUAUGAAAAUUAAACUGCUUUUUUUCCUGGGGUGUUUAUUUUAUGAAGAAAAUGUGGCAAAUAUUUGCCUUUGCUUAAAUAAAACUAUAUUCAAAUAUA